GUUUGUUGAAACCAAGGAAGAAGAAAAGUAGAAAUGCGUAACAAGGCUGGCUCUCUGUCUUCGCAUCAAAUUGCUGUACAUAAUGUACGAACACCAAGCACCAAUCUGAAAACCAAUAGAUGGGCGAUCGAUUCCCGGUUGUGUUAAAUAGCGAUACCUCAAUUUUUGAUCCAUACCUUCAGCGCUGGAAAUGAUGUACUCAAGUCUGGUCAUUGGCGCUCUUACUAUUCUAAUCAGUUUGGAUCGUGCUAGGAGCAAAGUUCCCCUUUACGUAGGAGGAAUACUUGGAUCUACAGACGACUCUUGGUCGAAAUAUGCUAACUUUUAUAACAUACUUUUUAAAGUUGCAUUUGAAGAAAUAAACAAGACAGAUAUUCUACCAAAUCAUGAGCUUGUGUUUGUGUCGAAGAACUCUAAGGCGGAUCCAGGUUUAGCAGCACAGUGUUUAUUUGAACACAUUAAUGAGGAGCCUGUGAAAGUUGCCAUCUUUGGUCCCCCUAAAUCUGAUCCAUACCAAAUCGUGGGACAAAUCACGCCUAAGUUUAACCUGAUACAGAUGUCAUUUCUGGCAAAAACUUCAAACAUGAUAGACAGGAAUUUGUAUUCUUCGACGUUCAUGACCAACUAUAUAGAGGAUGACCUAAACCCAGCUCGUCUUGCCAUGAUCAAGUACUUCAAAUGGACAAAAGUUGCAACACUAUUUUACAAUGAAGAGAUAUUUGUUUCGCAAAUGCAUGAGUUUCAUAAACUUUUGGAUGAUGAAAACAUUACCUUGGUGACGUCAGGUCUCAUAGCAGAUAUGGAAGCCGUUGAGGUGGUGAUAAAAAGACUGAAACAAUAUGGGGCCCGUAUUAUAAUUGGAGCUUUUAGGUCUACAAAAGCACCUGAGAUCUUCUGUCAGAUUUACAAACAAAAUAUGUAUGGUAAGAAGUACGUGUGGAUAUUAACCGACUCCCUCUACUCUGGUUGGCUGGACAGAUUAGAACCUGGAGACGCACCUGGUUGUUCCAUUCAAAAUAUUAAAGAUGCUGCUUAUGGCCAUUUUACCCUCGGACAAAAACAACUCCGAACAGAUCAUAUUGUAACAAUAUCCGGGCAAACGGCAGAGGAAUACAAUUCGUGGAUGAAGAACAUCUCCUCCCAGUACGAUCCUAGCACCCACCUUCUGUCUAAAUAUAGUCCCUGGGCUUAUGAUGCCGCUUGGGCACUGGCUGUGGGGCUGAACAAUAGUAUGAAGUAUAUAGGGAACAAUAAAUUAGAGGACUUCUCGUACAAUCGAUCAGAUAUUUACGACGCCAUUCAGCGAGGGAUGAGUGAAGUGUUCUUCCAAGGUGUAUCGGGCGCAGUCUCAUUCAACAAUGGCAGAAGAGUUGGUCCAGCGUUUAUUCAUAUAAACCACGAGGAUAGAAAUGAUGUUGCUAAGUAUGAGCCGUUAAACAACUCGAUUGAAUGGUGGAGAACUCCACAAUCUUUGUUUCCAGGUGGCAUAAUUCCAAGGGACAGUUUCCAGUAUGUUAAAAGACGAUUCCAGCAGUCGUACAUAGGACUGACUAUUGUAGGACUAUUGAUAAUUAUUGGUGUAGCUGUGGCCCUGGGAUUCCUAGUGUUCAAUAUCCACUACAGGAAAAACAAAAAUAUAAAAAUGUCAAGUCCGAGGAUAAACAAUACUAUAAUUGGUGGCGGAUUGCUGAUCUACGUGGCGGUAAUAAUUAUGUCUGUAGAUUACUCCGAGUCCCUACCAUGUCUGAACCAUCAUAUCUGCAUGCUCAACGUCUGGAUUAUUUCGAUUGGUUUCACAGUUGUCUUUGGAGCCCUGUUUUCAAAAACCUUCAGAGUUCAUAUUUUGUUCACACAGGGUAUGAUAAAGAAGCAGACGAUCAAAGACGCUCACUUAUUUGGUCUGCUAGGCGUUUUGGUGCUGCUCGACAUUCUUUUUCUCACACUCUGGACCAUACUUCAUCCAUUACGACUUCUGGAGAAGACUGUUGAAGUAGAGCUGAAAGAUUCAGAUACUAUACUGGUGGAAACCUUCCACGUAUGCUACAACGAGUACCAGUCCUACUGGUUGUCAGCCCAGUACAUCAGUAAGGGCGCACUGCUGGCCCUGGGUACCUUCCUAGCCUGGGAGACACGCCACAUCAAAGUCCCAUCGCUAAACGAUUCCAAGUACAUCGGCUUUUGCGUGUACAACAUAGUAGUUGUGUGUGCCCUAUGUGUGCCCGUGACGUUUGUUCUGCCACCGGAGAAACCAACGGCGAAAUACGUCUUCACGUCCAUUGUAUGUGUGUUCACAACAACAUUGGUGCUGUGUAUUCUCUUUAUUCCAAAGGUUAAACUGAGAAAGUCGACAGACACUAUCAGAUUCAAUCAGAGCUUGGGUAAGCAAAACAACCUGUAUAAGAAGUCGUGUAAGAUUGGCAACGAACCUACAAAGACCACCAAUGUAUCGGCAGUAGAAGAGUUCGGAUCAGAUUUCAAUCAGAAAAUACUUGAGAAAAACACUAUUAAUGAACAGAUGUCCAAAACUGGAUCAGAUAUUAAGCUUAUUUCAGUGGAAUCGGAGAAAAUUUCGACCAAUUCCGUUUCCGAAAAUGCGGACCUAAGGAAACAGAGAGAAGAUCAGAAAGACUUUAAUUGUACAUCACUCUAAGAAAGAGAGGAAGCAUUGAAUUAAUAUCAUUUUUUUUUCUUUGUCGGACAAAAGCUCUACAAGGCUUGUGUUUGUUGUUAAAAAAAUCCGACAUUAAAUAAAAUUUUCUGUUUUA